AUGGGUAGCAUUGAUAAGACGGAUAUGCUACUAAGUUCAGUAGAAUGUGUUAGGAAGACCAGCAAAUGGUACAAAAAAAUAUUUUUUCAUCUCAUUGAUUUAAGCAUUUUAAAUGCAUUCUCAGCUUUUAAAACAGUCACUGGACAGAAUAUGCCAGUUGCAAAUUUCCAACUUGAAGUAAUUAGACAACUAUUAGAAAAAUAUGGUGGAAAUACAGUAAGCCCCAGAGGAAGACCAUGUACAAAAGAUCAACCAUUUCGACUAUCAGCUCGGCAUUUUCCAUCAGAUGUAAAAAAAUUAGAGUCAGGAAAAGUACAAAGGAGAAAAUGCAUAGUUUGUACCAGAAACAACAAAAGAAAGGAUACAAUGUAUAUGUGUCAAGAAUGUGAUGUCGGUCUGUGUGUUACACCAUGUUUCGCCAUUUACCACACUAAACAAAAUUAUUUGGAUAUACAAUUAUUUUAA